AUGGAUGGAUUACCACCUAUUGAUUUCGUUCCAGCCACAGUACUACCCUUGACUAUAUCUCCUUUAAAUGAUUCAAUACCAUCGCGUUUUUCAAAGAACACAACAAUCGGUACGCUCAUUGACGAAUAUUUUCUCGAAGAUUGGACAUAUGAAAUAUCAUACGAAAAUUAUUUUGCUGCAUGUGCACCAAGUCAUUGCAAUUUUGAUUAUGUUACACGAAAUAAUAUCUUGUAUGUAGCUACAUCAGUAUUUGGUCUUUAUGGUGGUCUUACAAUUGGUUUACGAUUCAUUAUCUGGCAUGUCAUAAGAUUUUAUCGAUUGAUGGAAAAUAAUAUUCAUUCUCGUCGAGUUACGGCUCAAUCAUAA